AUAAAUCUCGCUGCUUUGCUUUGGGGGUACAUCUGCCCACCAAUACCAUCUAGCAAAGUUAGUUUGGUCUUCAUCGGACGGCAGAGGUCAACUUACGGAGAAACUCCGAUCUGGUCGGAUAGCGUAUAUACGCCGUAGAUCGCACCUCUUUUGUCACUUCCAACAAUUACGAGGGCCUUCUUUGCUCCUUUAAUCGCGUCGUGAAGAACUGUCGUCAUGUAACACUCCCAUUGCCCGUCGAUUGCUGUUACGUCAAGCUUGCCAUCCUGAACCAGCUGCUGGAUGAUGGACGACCGAGUGAUGCUUCCCAGAACAAUAGCAACCUCUGAAUCGGGGUAUUGACUGAGGUUCGAAAUGAUCGGGGAAGCGCCCUUGCCAGUCACUCGCGCGAAGUCUUCCGCGAGGGCUUCAGCGGCGAUAUGAACGCCUUCGAAGUCUCCCUUGUCCACCAGGAUGGGCGCAUUGGUAAUAUCUAUGCACCCCGCGGAGGGAGCAUGGCUUGCGAAUACAGUGAGCGGGUUGGCCUGUCCUGAUAAAUGUCUCGGGAGAAGCACAGGCUUGUGGAGCAACUGGUUAAUCCCUGCAUGACCCCUCCGCAAUUCGAGAUGGAGAUGUCCAUUGAUGAUCCCCUCGGGUCAAUCUAGUCCGAGCAUCUAUUCUACAUUGGCGUCUCUCGUGGUACCUGAAGAUGGUCGGUAUCUUCUGCUGGCAUUUCGACUUGAAUGCCUAGUAUUAAACUGGCUACGCGAUGGUCAAGCACACCAGGCACAGGAUAACAGUAUUGCUAACAGUCCUCCGUAUCACUGACUAAUUCCUGUUACUCUCAGGCUCGGCACUAUAAUCAGCCGACCGUCACUUCUGCCUGAGUCUACGGUCACCUCUGCUAUUG